AUGACAACAGCGGAUCAAGAUUCCGCUUCUGUCAUCAAAAUAGAUUCAUCUGAACUUGAUCAACUUCGUUCAGAUGUUCUCAAAGCACAAAUAUCGACCUAUCGUUAUCUAGCUCGAAAUUUACCCGUAUCAGAUUCGUUACUUAAUUCAUGCUCAUAUAAAUUUCAAUUAGUUAAACUUAUUCAAAAUCACCUUCCCCAAGAACAAUCAAAUCCAACUGGUAUCGUUGUUACACAUUCGUCUGCAUUAAAUGAUCUCAAUACGCCGCUUACAUUCUCAACAGCAACAGAUAUGUAUCGAUCAUUAACUGGAUCAAAUGAAAAAAAACACGAAAACAUUCCUAUUCAUCGAAUCGAAAAACAUCCAAUCAAUUUAAAUCCAUUAUAUACUCAACAAGAACGAGACAAACGUGUUCUUAAUCGUAUGUCAAUUCGUGUUCAAGAAUUAGAAUAUAUGCCAGCUAAUAUGAAUGCUGAAUUACGAACACGAUCACUGAUUGAAUUAAAAUCAUUGAAAUUACUUCAAUUGCAAAAACAACUUCGUGGUGAAGUUCUCAAUACAAUAAAGAAAGAUACGUAUAUUCAAACUGCGCUCAAUCCUCGAGCAUAUAAACGUCCAAAACGCCAUCAACUUCGUGAAGCACGUGCAACUGAAUAUAAUGAACGACGACGUAAAUUAGAAAUAAAACAGCAAAAACAAGCUAAACAUCAAGAAUUUUUAAAUGCUAUACUAACACAUUCAAGAGAUUUUCAUGAAUAUCAUCGUCGUUAUUCCAUGGCAACUGUACGAAUGAGUAAAUCCGUUCAAGCUUAUUUUGCUAAUAACGAACGAGAGUUAAUUAAACGAAAAAAAGGCGAAGAUAAAAGACGAUUGUUAACAUUAAUGAAAGACGACGAAGAAGCCUAUAGGAAAUUAGUAGAUGAAAAAAAAGAUGCACGUCUAGCAUUGUUACUAUCACAAACCGAUGCUUAUAUCGAUACGUUGAAACAACUGGUACGACAACAUCAACAAGUUAAUCGUUCACUAGCGAAAUCAGAUAAGACAAUUGAUUAUAAGUCAAAAGAAUCUGCACAAACAUUAGUCAAUCGUUCAUCAGCAACAACUUCUAUCAGUGAUCAAACUAGUACUGAAAGAAAAUCAAAUAGUACUACUGCAACUGAAGACGAUGAGUACGAUGCAAAAGAAUCCUAUUAUUCUAUUGCUCAUCGUAUACGUGAACCAAUAACAGAACAAUCCAAAAUGCUUGUUGGUGGACAACUUAAACAAUAUCAAUUGCAAGGUCUUGAAUGGCUUGUUUCCUUACAUAACAAUAAUUUAAAUGGUAUUCUCGCGGAUGAAAUGGGCCUUGGAAAAACAAUUCAAACAAUUGCAUUAAUUGUGCAUUUAAUUGAUAGUAAAAAUAAUCCUGGUCCAUCAUUAAUUAUUGUUCCAUUGUCGACCCUAUCGAAUUGGGCUGCUGAAUUUCUACGUUGGGCGCCUGACGUAGUUGUUAUACAAUAUAAAGGUUUACCCAAUGUACGUAAAACGCUCGGACAAACAAUACGUACAAAUCGUUUUAAUGUUUUGCUAACAACAUAUGAAUAUAUAAUGCGUGAUCGUUCAAUACUAUCAAAAGUUCCAUGGAAAUAUUUGAUUGUCGAUGAAGGACAUCGAAUGAAAAAUCAUCAUUGUAAAUUAACACAAAUAUUAAAUACAUAUUAUGCAAAUGCUCCACAUCGUUUAUUAUUAACGGGUACACCAUUGCAAAAUAAUUUACCAGAAUUAUGGGCAUUGUUGAAUUUUAUUUUACCAACAAUAUUUAAAUCUUCAACAACAUUUACAGAUUGGUUCAAUGCGCCAUUUGCAACAUUACCAAGUGAAAAAGUUGAAUUGAAUCAUGAAGAAACUUUAUUGAUUAUUAAACGAUUACAUAAAGUUUUACGACCAUUUCUUUUACGUCGACUUAAGAAAGAAGUCGAAUCACAAUUACCAGAAAAGGUGGAAUAUAUCGUAAAAUGUGAAUUAUCUGCUUUACAACGUUGUCUCUAUCAUGCAAUGGCAAAAAAUCGUACACUAAUUAUUGAAAAUCAAAAUGGUAAAGGUGGUCGUCGAGCUUUGAUGAAUAAAAUAAUGCAAUUACGUAAAAUAUGUAAUCAUCCAUUUUUAUUUCAUGAGAUUGAAGAACGUUUAGCGCAAUCAUUCGGCUGUGAAACUGGGGCUAUAAAUGGGCCUGAUCUAUUUCGUGUAUCGGGUAAAUUCGAAUUACUCGAUCGUAUAUUACCGAAAUUAAAAGCAAGUGGGCAUAAGAUUUUAUUAUUUUGUCAAAUGACAUCUGUGAUGGAUAUACUUGAAUAUUAUUUCUCCUAUCGAAAUUAUUCAUAUAUACGUUUAGAUGGUACAACAAAGGCUGACGAUCGUUGUGAAUUGUUAAAAGAUUUCAAUGAUGAUAAUAUAAAUUAUUUUAUAUUUUUACUAUCGACACGUGCUGGUGGCGUCGGAUUAAAUUUACAACGAGCUGAUACAGUUAUUUUAUUUGAUUCCGAUUGGAAUCCACAUCAAGAUCAACAAGCGCAAGAUCGUGCACAUCGAAUUGGACAAAAAAAUGAAGUGCGAGUUUUACGUUUAAUGACUGUGAAUACGGUCGAAGAAAAAAUCCUAGCUUGUGCAAGAUAUAAAUUGAAUGUCGAUGAAAAAGUUAUUCAAGCUGGAAAAUUCAAUCGAUCGUCAACAUCAAGCGAACGACAAAAUUAUCUCGAACAAUUAAUUGAAGGCGAUGAUGAAUUGAAAGAUGACGAUGAAGAUAUUCCAGACGAUGAAAUACUUAAUCAGAUGAUUGCUCGAACGGAACAGGAAUUCAAUUUAUUUAAUCGUAUGGAUGUUGCAAGACGUGAAUAUGAGUCUCUUCAUGGCGUUGGUAGCGGUGGUGAUGGAGCCAAUGAACGUCGAGCAUGGGAAUUAUUAGAAAAAAAUGAAAAUACAAAGUCUGUGUCUCGUAAUAAACGUAAAAAAGAAAGUGACAAUGAAGAUUCAACUGAUCAAACAAACAAGACAAGUAAAACUCCUAUAUCACCAUUAGAUGCUAGUGACGAUGAAGCAACUCGAGAAGGAACACUGACAACAGGCGAUGAAACAACUCCAUCAUUAUUAGAAGAACUGGAAGAUGAAGAAGAUGUUGAUUUUACUCAAGAAAAACCACUAGUUCAUCGUAAAAUGAAAAUAAAUCGUCUCAUGACUGACGAUGAACUACCUGACUGGUUGAAAAGAGAUGUUGAUCAAGUGGAAAAAACUCUUGAAAAUGAUGAAGAUUUCGGUAAAGGACGUCGCCAACGUAAAGAUGUUGACUAUAGUGAUAAUUUAACUGAACGCGAAUUUUUACAAGCAUUAGAAGAAGGUAAUCUAGAUGAAACAGUCGAACAAAGACGUUUACAAAAACAAAGUCGUAAACAUAUUUCAUCAUUACAAGACAAUAAUAGUAUUGAUCUUGAUGAAAGUGAGACGCGUUCAUCAUUUGAUAUCCCAUCAACAUCAAAUCAACCAUAUACUACUCCUAAACGUGGUAGUAUGAAAAAACGUUUAGAAACUGUUGACCCUAAAACAGCAGGGCAGUGUCAUGUGUUAAUUGAUCAUUUAUUAGCUUAUCGUACAGAUGAUGAUCGUCAAUUAGCACAAGUAUUUAUACGUUUACCGGGACAAAAACAAUUACCAUUAUAUUAUCAAAUAAUUCAAGAGCCAAUUGAUUUUCAACGCAUAAAAAGAAAAAUCGAUACAUAUCGCUAUUCCAACUUGGAACAACUCGAUGCUGACAUGAAAUUACUCGUAGAAAAUGCACAAACAUUCAAUUGUGAAACAUCAACUAUUUAUUCAGAUUCAAUUUUAUUAGAAAAAGUUUAUCUAGAUUUACGUGAACAACUUAAAUCGGGUUUACUUGAAAUGCCAACAGAAACAACGACUGUAAGUGAUGAAUCAACGACAACAUCACAAGUGUCGUCGUCUAAACGGGGACGUAGCGCACGAAUAACAGCACCGGUGGCAACAACAGUGAAUACUGAUAAUAGAACAUUUUCUAGACGCGGACGAAAACGCAAGGCAACAAUUCUUAAAGAAGAUGACUUGUCUGAAGAUGAACAAGUUAUAUCUGAUAGUGGUGAUAAUGAAGAAAAUUAA